AUAACUUCAGACAUCACGUACAGGGAUGAUCGCAGGCGGUGGUGUGGUCUCCACCUGCCAAUCCGCUGCUCGCAUUUUCCUCCAUCCUCGCCGCUUUCUCUCGCGGCAUCCCGCCGCUGCCUGCUCGUGCAUUUCCGCCGUAGUAGGAGCAGCGAGGCCUUCUGACAGAAUGCUGCCCCUUACGUCUGCCGUAACCCAUUCCUGCACCCGCUUGCAGCGUUUUAGCGGAGUGCUUGUAUCGCGGAGACUCAAUGUGAUGGACGCUCGAUCGUUAACAGGCUCGUCUGUUACACCGCUUGCAUUGUUACCACUUCAGCGAAACCGCUGGUCGCUUGUGACGACACCCGCAACCCGCAUCGCAGCGCCCAGCCGCCUCUGGAGUCAGCAGAAAUCGCGGGUGCUAUGCUGUGCGAGCACUGCUGCCGAUCAGGGUGAUGGUGCAUCUGAGCCGUCCGUUGCGGUUGCCGUGGCUCGAGCGGAACCUCCUCAGGAGCAGAAGCAGCCACAGGCGCAGCAGCAGGCGAACCCGGAGGCGAAGCAGAAGCAGCAGCAGAAGCAAAAGAAGCAGAAGCAACCACAGCAGCAGCAGGGGAAAGGGAAGGGAGGAGGCAAGGGUCCGAAAGGGGAUGGCGAGAAUUUCUCGUCUAAGGAGGCCGUCCGUGGACUGCGCGUAGCUAAGGUGGAGUCUCUGCGCGCGGAGGGGCGCAACCCCUUCGCCUACACCUUCCCCCGCACGCACAGGGCGGAGCAGCUACAGGAGCGCUACCGAGAGCUGGGGAGCGGGGAGCAUGCGGAGGGGGGGGAGGUGGUGGCGGUGGCGGGGCGCGUGGUGGCGCGGAGAGUGAUGGGCAAGCUGGCGUUCCUCACGCUGAGAGACGAGGAGACGAGCAUUCAGCUGUACUGUGAGAAGGCGACUAUGGAGGGCGCGGAGGAGGGGUCGUUCGCGUUCCUCAAGAGCACCCUGGACGUGGGGGACAUUGUGGGCGCCACAGGCACCAUCAAGCGAACCGAACGAGGGGAGUUGAGCGUGGUGGUGCAGGGCGUGCAGCUGCUCACCAAGUCGCUGCUGCCCUUGCCAGACAAGUGGCACGGGCUGGCGGAUGUGGAGAUCCGAUACAGGCAGAGGUAUCUGGACAUGAUCGUAAACCCCUCGGUUGCAUCCGUCUUUAGGGCAAGAGCCAAGGUGAUCAAGGCCAUCCGCCAGCACAUGGAGGACAAUGGCUUCGUCGAGAUUGAGACCCCCGUGCUGCAGGGCGAGGCGGGGGGAGCGGAGGCGAGGCCGUUCGUGACACACCACAACGCGCUGCAGCAGGACAUGUUCCUGCGCAUCGCCACAGAGCUGCACCUCAAGCGCAUGCUGGUGGGUGGGUUUGACAGGGUGUACGAGAUAGGUCGCAUUUUCCGCAACGAGGGCAUCUCAACGCGCCACAAUCCGGAGUUCACCUCCAUUGAGCUGUACCAGAGCUAUGCGGACUAUCACGACAUGAUGUCUCUCUGCGAGGCCAUGGUAGAGGGUGCGGUAACCGCGCUGCAUGGCGCCACCACCGUGCCCUACCAGGGCACGCCCAUCCACUGGUGCCGGCCCUGGCGCCGCGCCCCCAUGGACUCCCUUGUUCUCCAAGCCACUGGGCUGGAUUUCCUCUCCCCUCCGCUGGCGCACGACUUAGCUGGUGCCAAGGAGGCUGCGAUUAAGGCUGUGCGGGAGGCGGGGCUGAAGGGGGAUGGUGGGGCGAAUGAGGCCGAUGCUGCUGCUGCUGCUGCUGCUGCUGCUGCAGAUGGUGGUGCUGCUGCGGAUGGUGCGGCUACUGUUGGGGGCGAUGCAGGGAACCAGGCGGAGGAGACGGCAGGCGGGGCGGCGGCAAGGGGCAGGAUCAACCGCAAGGCGGUAGCGGGAGCGGUGCGGAAGAUAGAGGGCGCGGGGAGUGUGGGCGCGGUGCUGAACUGCGUGUUUGAGGCGGUAGUGGAAAGCACUCUGGUGCAGCCCACGUUCGUGACCGACCACCCCGUGGAGGUCUCGCCCCUCGCCAAGCCGCACAGGAGCCGGCCUGGUCUGACGGAGCGCUUUGAGCUCUUUGUGUACGGGCGAGAGCUGGCCAACGCAUUCUCUGAGCUCACCGACCCUCUCGAUCAGAGGGCUCGCCUGGAGGAGCAAGUGAGGAAGCACGCAGGCAAGCUGGCCAGCGCUGAAUCUGCUGCUGCUGCUGCUGCUGGAGGGGACAAGCAGGGGCAAGGGGCGAAGGGAAAGGGGGGAGAAGAGGAGGAGGAGGAGGAUGAGGAGGCGUAUGAGGUGCGGCUAGACGAGGACUUCCUCACAGCGCUGGAGUAUGGCAUGCCACCCACUGCAGGCAUGGGCAUUGGCAUUGAUCGUCUAGUAAUGUUUCUGACCGACAGCCCCAGCAUUCGAGAUGUAAUUGCAUUCCCGGUCCUUCGAGCACUCCCCGCUUCGCCUUCUGAUUCCGAUGCUACCUCUUCGUAACAUGGUGCCGGCUUAUCUGUGGCAUGCACUUGUCAUGACCAAUUAACCGCGAAUUAGUCAUGUUUUCGCAUGUAACCGAGUUGUAGGGAAGUCGAAAUGCCAUAAACUACCUUGGAAUUUCAAGUCAGCAUAAAACAAUGUCUAUUGUUCAUACUUCGUUAGGCCAUCCAUAAACUUCACCUUGGAUA